ACCGCAGGGUAAGAACAAGUUAGGCAGGCAAGUUAGCAAUGAUUCAUUGAAUUAUCAGAGGAAAGGUUAAAUUCAUGUUAAAAGCUCUCUAUUUUAAAUAAAAGGAAAACAAAAUGAACACUGUAUUGAAAGAUAUGAAGGUCAAUGAAAAUUAUCCUACUACUACAUCAUCAAGGACAGCUUGGGUUCAAUCUUUUUACUUUGCACUUCAAGUGCUUGGUAUAAUUGGUGGUGUUGCUGCAAUAGUAUUGCAGAUUUUAAAGCAAGAAAAUCAUUCAGGUCUUCAUUUAGUUCACGAUUCUGAUCAUGUUUCAAGCGAAACAGUGCAGCAUCCAGGUGAAGAGCUCAGGAUUCUUUUAGUUGGAAAAACCGGGGUGGGAAAAAGCGCAACAGGCAACACUAUCCUGCGCAAGAAGUUGUUUAAAUCUGAGAUAUCAUCUGCUUCUGUGACUGCACAGUGUGACAAAGUUCAUGCAGUUGUGAAUGGGAGAAAAAUAUCUGUCAUCGACUCUCCGGGUUUGUUUGACACCAGCUUGAGUGAAGAUGAGGUGAUUGACAGAAUCAAACUCUGUAUUCCUUUCUCUGCUCCUGGUCCACAUGUGUUCUUAGUUGUGAUACAGUUGGGCAGAUUCACAGAUGAAGAGGCAGACGCAGUUAAAAUCAUCCAACAAAUUUUUGGUAAAGAGGCCUCCACAUACACCAUGGCCCUCUUCACUCAUGGAGAUCUACUGGAAGGCGAAAACAUUCACACGUUUGUUCGUAAAAAUGCAAAACUGGUCAGUUUCAUCAAAUCCUGCAGUGGACGAUACCAUGUGUUUAACAACAAAGACAAGAAUCCAGAUCAGGUCAUUCAGUUGUUGGACCAGAUUGAUAAAUUGGUUACUGGAAACGGUGGGCAGCAUUACACCAGUGAGAUGCUUGAGAGGGCCGAGAAAGCAAUUGAAGAAGAAAAACAACGUAUUCUGAAAGAGACAGAGGAUCAGAGACUGAAGGAGAUAGAAGAAAUGAGGGCAACUGUUAGAGCUGAGGAGUUUGAAAGAGAAAAAAAGAAAAUAAAUGACCGCUAUAAUGAGAAUGCAAGACAUGAGGCUGAGAAUAAAGUAAGCAUUGUAGAAAAAAUUAUCCAUUUUUUGAAAAAGCUUUUUGGCUUUUAAAAUACCAUUUUAUAGAACUACAGGUAGAGGGGAAGUGAAGGGAUAGGGCAUAAGGUCCCCAAAAAGGAACCUGGCAGGUCUCCUGGCUCUAAGGCGCAAUUGACCAUGAGAGCAGUUUCCAUCAUUGACUAUAUAACACUGUUGUAUUUAAUCAAACAACUAAUGUUAGCAUCUAAAUGUGGCUUUUAUGAUUUUGUUAACUUUAGAACAGGUGGUGAAACAAAAAUGUAAUAGUAAAAUGUAGGGUUUUUAUGUUGUUGGAGAAAUAACAAUAUUUUUCACAAUAUGAAUUUACACUUAUAGGGUACAGUAUAUAAAGCAGACCAUCAUUAGAAACCAGUAACUUUGUAUUGGCACCUAUUGUAUUAUUGCUCCUGUAUGACAUAUCGCUUGUUGCUCCCUAAACUCUUUGCAAGUCGCUUUGUAUAAUAGCUUCUGCUAAAUGACUAAAUGUAAAUAACAGAUUUAUAUUUAAUGAUGGUCUGGAAAAAAGUCAUACUGGUAAAAUUAAAAUGUUUAUUUCUUCAGUUCAUAAUGUGAAGAAAUCUAAAACAAUUAACUAAAACAAUUAAUGGGAGAAAAGUUUCAAUUAUUGACACUGCUUCUUUUUGACACAAGCUAGCAGAGGGCACACUAAAAAGAGAAGCUUUAACCUUCAGGGAUAAAUAUUUUUCUUUAGCAAGAUAAAUAUUAAGUAUGACUACUUUUAAAUCAAGAAAUAUGGAGAUGUUGAUAUUUGAAAUUGAUACACUGAAACUGGCAUAAUUGUAUUUUUUAUUGUUUGAAUUUUUUUAAAUUACUACCCUGCUCUUGAUUUGAGAAUUCAAUUCUUUUAAUAUUGUGUGUACAAAUAAUUGCAUUUUGUUAUUUGCAGAAGAAGUCUUUUCUUUCAAUCUACAUAUUAAAAUUGUUUAACACUGUA